CCCUCUCUCUUUGUGAGCUCCGCCACGGCCCACGGGUGGACAACUGUUGGCGGGUGAAGCCCCACAAGGCAACGACGAAACCGAGGCUGCACCCUCUUUCUCUCCUCCUUCUUCUGCUUCUUCCGUAAAAGAAGACGAAGAGCGUACUCCAAACCCCUCCAGCCCUACGAGGAAGCAGAGAGGCUCUUGGAGAGGAAGCGUCUCAGCUGAGGUUGCUGUUGGAGGCUGACAUGGCGCCAAUCCAGACUCCGACGAGGGCGAGGGCGAGCGCUCAGUCGCUUGCGACCAGCCAGGACGCGAGGAUGCUCGUGCGCGAGACGAUGAGGCUCAGUGCGAACCUUGCCUCUGCCAACACGAACCUCGCCGCCCCUGAGACCGCGCUGCUCCGCCCGGAGAUGCGGAUCGGCCUUGUCAGCGAGUCGAGGCCGGAGGCCAGAGUGAUCUGCUCCGAGGAAUUGGACGGUCGCAGAUGGAAUUACGUAGUCGAGGCGGAUCCAUCCGGGAGCUUCAGCCGUUCGAUGCAUGCCGUCGCUCUCCAGACCCCCAAGAACCCGUUCGAUGAGCUAAUUUCUUUUAUCAGGUCUUAUGUCGUGCCUGAAGGAUUUCCAGAUAGUGUCUCCCCUUCUUAUGUACCUUACAUGAAAUGGAGAGCUUUGAAGCACUUUUUUGGUGGAGCUAUGGGUGUUUUCACGACACGAUCAUUGUUGCAUUCUGUUGGGAUGUCUGGAAAUGGCGCUGCAUCUGCAGCUGUGGCUGUCAACUGGGUUCUCAAGGAUGGUGCAGGCCGUUUAGGAAAGAUGCUCUUUUCACGCCAAGGAAAGAAAUUUGAUUAUGAUCUUAAGCAACUUCGGUUUGCGGGCGACCUCUUGAUGGAGCUGGGUGCUGGUAUAGAGCUGGCAACUACUGCAGUACCUCAUCUCUUUCUGCCAUUUGCUUGUGCAGCUAACAUUGCUAAGAAUGUUGCUGCUGUUACAUCGACAUCAACAAGGGCCCCCAUAUACAAAGCUUUUGCAAAAGGAGAAAAUAUUGGUGAUGUCACUGCUAAAGGGGAGUGCGUUGGAAAUAUUGCAGAUCUGUUGGGGACAGGACUAAGUAUUAUGAUGUCUAAGCAUAAUCCUUCAUUGGUGGCAACCUUCUCACUCCUGUCAUGUGGAUAUGUUCUCAGUGCUUAUAAAGAGGUAAAGUCUGUUGUGUUGCAUACUUUAAACAAAGCAAGGUUCACUGUGGCUGUUGAAUCCUUCUUAAAAACAGGCCAAGUUCCUUCACUAAAGGAGGGGAAUUUGAUGGAAAAGAUCUUCACUCCUCCUUGGCAUAAAGAUAGACCAAUUGUUCUAGGGUCAAGAUUCAAGGAUGCAUUUCAAGAGCCAGCUUCCUUUCUUGCAAUUGAACCUCUUUUCGAAAAAGAACGGUACAUUGUUACCUACAAUCCCCUAAAAGGCUAUGUUUAUGCAUUGCUCAAGGAUCAGGCGAAGCCAGAUGAUAUUCUGAAGGCUGCUUUCCACGCCUAUGUUCUUUUACAUUUCAUCCGAGCAUCAACAAGGAAAGGGUUUUCAAAGAAGCUUGACAUUGAUCGGUCAGAAAGAGAUGAUGCCUUACUGAGGAGUCCCAUGCCUACAAUUGGUGAUUUUGGGGCUUAUGUUGCAGAAUCUUGCAGAAUUGUUUCUACCUCAUAUGGGAUGUUUAAAAAGAAAGCUGCAGAGCAGGGGUGGACAAUGUCGGAUUCACUACUUAAUCCUGGCCGUGCUCGUAUAUGCUCACCGAUGUUUUGACACAGAGAAGCUUGUCUUCGUGUAAGUAUGAAGUAGGAAAAUGAGUUGCUGAUGAUCCAGUAGCUGAAAAAUGAAAAGCUAAACUGGUCAUUUCUGUCAAGCCCGGGAGAUGUCUUGUUAACUGAGUCCAUUCUUUUUGAAAAGCGAGCAACAUAAUUAUCUUCAGUUUGUUCGAGUGUUUUCCAGAAACGUGUGUAUAAUCUGCCGAACACAAAAAUGAAGAAGAUUAUGUAGAAGAAAAGGCAGUUCUCUGGAGUUGUAAAGUUGCAUGUUUGAGAAGUUUGGCCAGCUAUAGUGCUCAUAUUUGGUGAUUCUCCGCUGGAUUCAAGUUCUUUGAUUAUAGCCUGCCGGGUGCUGCGACCACGGGUAUCUGGUGCCUUUACUAUUUGGUGUUUACGAAUCAGGUUCUUACCAAGCGUGUAAGGGGAUAUUCAAGAAAAUGUUGGACUGCCUUACAUGAAAAGCCACGAUGCAUGAGAGGUCAAACUUGGUUGGCACAAGGAAGGUACUAAGAAAAGCUUAUUUGCUCCCGUCCGAGAAAUCA